AGCGGUCAGUAAACGCACCACAGUGCGGGACGUUUUUUCGGUUGAACAAUAUAUAGAUCUCUGAGCCUUAUUGCGCCUCAUACAUCAUAUCACUAGGUUGAUGCUGUGCGUGAAUGCAUAAAGUUACUAUUGCGGAGAUAUUAGUGGAACAACCAUGACGAAACUUUGGUCCUUUUGGAGCCUGGCCUUGGUUGUUUUUGCCUGCUUCGGCCGAGGCUGCAGCAGCAACUGUCCCGUCCUAGAGUGCUGGUUCUUGCAGGACAAGAAGCAAGGAGGAGCUUCCGGCAGCCAGGAAAAAGUCCUACUCGACGUGGGGACGGAAGGUCAUCAUCAUCUUGCGGCGGGCCGGCACAGACCACCUGACUCCAGCAUUCAGAGAAUCUACUCAGUGGCGGAUCCGGCCGCUACGCUCUGUGGCCGCUCACUCCGCCCACCCAGCGGCUCCACCAACAAGCCCAUGUGCGAGAUCAGCUCCUUCUUGCCUCAGCCCUCCUCCGUCAAAUGGGCCGCCUCACUCACAGAGUCCGCCCUCAGCCCCAUAUACCUGCAAGCCGACUGGUUCGCCGCCACUCUCCAGGGGGUGGGCGGAGAGCUGGGAAUAUCCACUGUCCUGCGCGCCCCCACGGGCACCAGCGAGCUGGACGUGGUCCUCAGCGUGACCACUACAACGGUUGCGGUGAAGGCCAGACUCGGCGAUCCGGUGCUGCUGAACUGCCAGUUCUGGUCCGACCCCGCCUCGCCACAGUCCGGCUUUGCCGUCGAGUGGCGCUACCAGUUCAGAGGCAGCGGCCAAAUGAUUCUGGCUUACGACGGCAAGUCGGACCGGCUGUCUGACGCGAUGGAGAACGGCGCCGUGAUGGAUAUUGCUGAGGUGCACCGCAAAGGAAAUGCUUCCCUGAUCCUGCAGGAAGCCAGAGUGAGCCACUCCGGGACGUACAUCUGCAUGGUGUACCUGCCGCACCUCCUGGCUCAGGUGACCAUGGAGCUGGAGAUCAUAGAACCACCUUCCUUGGCCAUCCACCCCGCCUCUCUGCCCCUGAUUGUUGCCGGGCAGAGUUUGACGGUUCACUGUGAAGCCUCAGGCUUUGCCCCACACUCGCUGGAGCUGAGCUGGGAGUUCAAAAGCCCAGAUGGAACGACCCGAUCCUUGGGACCCGGCCGCCUAACCGGCCACAGGCAGGCCUGGGACGGCACCUUCAGCCAGGACACACGGCUGGAGCUGGACACUUCCACGCUGGACCUGGGCAGAGGAGGGGAGGUCACCUGCGUGGGGCAGCAUCCCGGAGGAACACGGCGGGCCGGCGUGACGCUCAGAAUCAUCGGAUUCAGCACGCCGUCUAUUGAAGACUCCAUGGCGAUGGUGGGUGUGGCACUGGUGCUCUAUGGCCUCAUCAAGUUUGUCUCUUGGACUUUCACCCCCUCAGGCUCAAGUGAAGCUGCUGAAGCAAACAAGAAAGAGAAUUGAAGAUUCUGAAGCUCUGGACUUGGCCUCUGGAAAGUCAAUAUUUUUGUUAAAUUAGCUAUUUGAAUAAAGUGACAUGAACUGAAGGCUUUUUUUUCAUUUAUAUUUAUGUUUUCUUGAUGUUCUCUAAUGUUUAUGUUUUUUAAUUAAUCUUAUCUUCAUACUAUAAUGUGUGUUUCCCCCAAGAAAUGUCUGAAAAAUAUAAGAAUAAAGUCAGUGGAAU